CAGUGUCCUUGUUUCUCUGGGGAAGAAUAAAGGUGUUGCACCAGUAUAUCAAAGUUGUGUUGAAGUUAGCAAACGUUAGCUUAAUGUGUAAAGAGUAGAAUAAAUAUUGCUAAUUUGUCUUUAGUUGUUUGUAAAAUACGAUAGAGAUUAGUUAGUGUAAAUCGAGUUUGAGCUUGUAAUAUUUUCACGAGUAAUUUUAGACAAUGGCGCUGAAACAUUUCCGGACGUUGACACCAAUUUUAGCGGCUAACGUUACCUGUCACAGUAAAACAUCUCGACUGUCCAUAAAGGCCAGUUUGUUGCCAGUGAAAUCCUACAGCACUGCAACGGGAGGUGAAGACAGAGGAACAGCUGCGGGACAGACUGUGGUCACCAAGCGCAGGGAGUCUGUGGUCACUGUGGCAAUAAACCGGCCUGAGGUGCGUAAUGCGGUGAACCAGGAGACGGCGAGGCGUCUGCUGGAAGAGCUGGAGGCCUUUGACAGUGACCCAGACUUAAACGUGGCUGUCCUGCAUGGGAAAGGAGGGAAUUUCUGCGCUGGUUAUGAUCUGAAAGAGCUGGCCAAUCACACAGCCUCCCUCAAAUUGGAGCAAGAUGUCACCAAGGGUCCCGGUCCGAUGGGUCCGUCCCGUUUGGAGCUGUCAAAGCCGCUGAUAGCAGCAGUCAGUGGCUUUGCUGUGGCUGGAGGGCUGGAGCUGGCUCUGCUGGCAGAUCUGCGAGUGGUGGAGGAGAGCACCGUCAUGGGGGUGUUCUGUCGCAGGUUUGGAGUUCCGCUGAUUGACGGAGGAACAGUGCGGCUUCCACGUCUCAUCGGUCUGUCACGAGCCCUUGACCUGAUUCUGACUGGACGACCAAUUGGAGCACAGGAAGCUCUCGCCUACGGACUCGCUAACAGAGUUGUUCCUGAUGGCCAAGCUUUACAGGCAGCCCUGGAGUUAGCAGAGCAGAUCAGCUCCUUCCCUCAGCAGUGUAUGCGGGCCGACCGCUCCUCAGCCAUGUACAGCUGCUACGACGCUCCCUCCUUCACACAGGCCAUGCAGUAUGAGAUCGACAAUGCAGUUCCCGUCAUCCAAUCAGAAGCUGUCGCUGGGGCAACCAGGUUCACUACUGGAACAGGAAGAGGAGGAGAAUUCUCCUAGGAUUUUGUUUGCAGGGGCCUUGUGAAUUGUGUUUUUCCACUUUGGAGGUCCACGGUUUUCAGACCACAUAAUGUAAACAUUUUUAAAAAGAGACCUCAACCACAUAACAACACCGAACAAGCCCAGUCAGUUUCUGUUCUGUUGUAUUAGUGUUUGAUGCCUAGAUGAUGAAGCCAGUUCAUUACAACUAUAUUAGCUUGUUACCCUAAGCAUCACCUCCUAUAUUUCAGAAGUAGGUUAUAGUGACUAGUAGAUGUGUGAAAUGCAAGAACAAAGCUGACUUUUUUUUAAGUAAUGCAACUCUAAAGCCUGUAUUCUACAAUCAGAAAAGGCUGAGAAUGUUCAUUUCUUUCACCCUGCUAUAUUUUUAGGUUUAAUUAUUACUUUUUAGGUUUGUUUUUGGAGAAAUGAGAUCUAUUAUACCAGACCAAUAAGACAAAAAGGUUAAGUGAGUCUAUGGUAUAUUUUGAAACCACAACUUGCAGUUGUUGUACAACUAUCAGUCGGCAAGCUCCACAUUUCAUGUCGCAGUGUCUUUGCAAGUGAAUGCUGUUUGGACCCUGAUGGUUGGGAGGGAAUGGAGCUCCAGAUCGAGCAUAGAGACAAAGCGCAUAAGUUCCACCCUCUCCGAAAAACAAUAAAUUGCUCUCUAAUGACUUUG